AUGGGAAAUAAUGCGAGUUCGUUGAGCGAAUUGAAUUUGUUUUCAAAGGGCGGAGUUUUUACACGUGAACAAUUGGAUGAAUAUCAGGUGAGCUGAGGAAUUUUGAAAAAAAAAUGAAAAUUGGGUCUUGAAUAGAAAUACAGUAAUCCGAACUUCAAAAUUCCGGAAGGAUUACGGUAGAUGGAGAAAUACCACGUGGAAAAAUCCACAGUAAUCCUAACCAUUUUUUAAACUUUUUUUUAAGUUAUAGUAAAUGUGGUGGAUUUUAGAUAUACAGUAAUCCGGCCUGCAAAACCCGCACGUAGAUCAAUUUUUCCCAAAAUCAACAAAAUCGGUAUUCAAAAACGUGGAUUUUUUUCAGGAUUGCACAUUUUUCACACGAAAAGAUAUAAUUCGACUUUAUAAACGAUUUUACGCUUUGAAUCCACACAAAGUUCCAACAAAUAUGCAAGGAAACCGACCAGCAAUAAUUACGCUAACUUAUGAGGAAAUUGAGAAAAUGCCCGAAUUGAAGGUAGGCUGUUAGUUGCCACGUGGAAAUUAUUUAACAUAGAUGUUUGAAAAAUCAUAAACAUUUUUAUAAUUUUCAGGAAAAUCCAUUCAAACGUCGAAUUUGUGAAGUGUUUUCUGAAGAUGGCCGCGGAAAUUUGAGUUUCGAUGAUUUUUUGGAUAUGUUUUCAGUUUUCUCAGAAAUGGCUCCACUUCAACUAAAACUGAAAUACGCGUUCAAAAUCUACGAUUAUGAUGGAGAUGAUCAUUUGGGACACGAUGAUUUGAGUAAAAUGAUUCGAAGUUUGACACGAGAUGAAUUGAGUGAUGAAGAAGUUGAAUUUAUAAUUGAACGAGUUAUUGAAGAGGCAGAUUUGGAUGGUGAUGAUAGAAUUAAUUUUGCCGAAUUUGAACAUGUUGUUUCGAGAUCGCCUGAUUUUAUAAGAACUUUUCAUAUUAGGAUUUGA